GUUAUGUUGGUUGGGUUGAUUAUUGAGGUCUAAAGAAAAUAAAAAUAUUAAAUAAAAAGGAAAGUAAAAUAAAUCAUAAAAGAUAAAUAAAAUCACAAAUUAUAAUAUAAAUUACUUUAUAGCAACUCUUAAAGAAAAAGCAAUAAAAAAUAUCUAAAGAUGAGCAAUUCUAACGCCGUUGAUGAUCUCAUGAGAGCUGAAAAGGAUGCCAAUGAAAUCAUUAAAUAAGCCUAAACCCAAAGAGAAAAGAAGCUUAAGGAAGCUAGAACUGCUGCUGAAUAAGAAGUUAACAAGUUCAGAGCUGAAUAAGAAGCUAAAUUCGAAGAAGAAAAGAAGACUAAAUACGGAAACGACACUGAAACCGAAAAGCUUAGAAAAGAAACUGAAUAAGAAAUCAAAAAGAUUGCUGACGAUUAUAAUAGAAAUAAAGAUGCUGUUAUUAAUAUGCUUAUCGACAGAAUUUUAACCGUCAAGAUUGAAAUCCCUGAAGUCGUUAAGGGUGAUUUCAGCAAAAUGAAAUAAAAGUGA